AUGGCAGAUCCAUUGAGUGUCACUGCAUCAGUUCUUGCUGUGAUAACCGCAGCUGCAAAUUCGGCCAGGUCCCUUUAUGAAACUAUUAGACGUUUUCAAGAUCGGAGCAAGACCUUGAAAAGGCUGCAGGAUGAACUCGACGAUCUUGCUAAUAUUCUCAGCUCGUUGGCAGAGGCUAUCAAUUCGGAAACAACGAUGCUUGUGCUCCUACAAAAGCCUAUUGAUCGGUGCCAUCAGGUAUGCCGUGACUUCGAAGAAACCAUGAAAACAUUCAGCGGGAAGUCGAAGCCCGGCUUUCGGGAUUGGACAAAGAUGGAAUUUAUGAGGGGUGAUAUUAACGAAUUUAUCGACACUAUUGCGGAAUAUAAAUCAACGAUAUCGGUUGGACUAGGGACGAUCACGCUAACCACCUCCAAGAUUUCCCAGCAGGUCUUACAAGAAUACAAUGAGAUGAUCAAAGAUACAGUCUACAAUCUAGAGUUACGCCUCAAACGAAUUGAUGAGAAGAUAGCACAGCCUAUUCUUGAUGAUCGUGGUGCUUCAAACACAAGCAUCGACCUGAAAGACGAAAGAGCUGUAACUAAGCAAUGCAUCCGUGUGUGUGAAGAUGCCAAAUCUUAUAUGGAUUCUUUGAUUAGUCGCGAAUCAUUCAUGCUGCCACAGCUAUCCUACAACGACUCUGGACACGUGCAAGCUAGCUUUGAAGCCCAGCGUCAGACGCGUCAAAUCUUUGAUGAGAAUCAGAAUCGGUUCGCAGAGCUCAUCGAUCACCUGCAAGAACGCCUCCGUUCCCUUGUUCUAGACAGGCCAUCAAAUGACCCGGACCGAGCAAAGUUACAAGAAGACAUAGAUAUCUCAAGACAGUGCCUGGAGUUUGUUAUGGCGGAUCCUCUUUCGGUUACUGCUGGUCUCGUGGGAUUAGUUGGGUUUGCAUUUCAGGCGAGCAAAUCUCUCUAUCAAGUCAUCGAAAGUUUCAAAUCCUCAAAAAGAGCAGUCCGUGAACUUCGAGAAGAAAUCGAAUCCUUAAAUAGUGUCCUGGCGACGUUGUCGCAGAUGGCUAUCGAAUAUGAUGCUCAACUAACGUCCUUGAAGCUUCCUUUGCUGCGAUGUGGCAAAACAUGUGCAGAAUUUGAAGGUGUUAUCAGCAAAUGCGCAGGGCAUUCAGAUGGCCAGAGGACAAGCUUUCGAGACUGGGCGAAAUUGCAGUAUAGAGGAGGUGAUAUUGGAGACUUGAAGACUACUCUAGCUGGUUAUAAAUCGACAAUCAACAUUGCCAUUGGCGGUGCUACUUUUCGCCAGGCUGCCGUUACAGCAAAUGUUCUUGAUGAUUAUCGGAGGAUGAUUGAGGAAGCCACAUCUGAUCUGCAGGACCAUCUGCAGCUAAUUGAUGAAAGGAUGCAAUCACUCAUACAGAAUACCGCUUCAAUGCCAAGCCUAAGCCCUCCCGAGGUUGAAGAGAUUAUAGAAGAAAAAAAGAGCAUACAACAGUGUCUGGCAAUCUGCACGCAGGUUUCUCAAUUGAUAGAGGCAUAUCAGACUCGUCGGAUGGCCUAUCAAGCACCUACCGAUUCCGUUCCACCCCGUUUCUCGACCUCUAGAGCAGAAACAGCGACAAAUGAUCUCCUAAUGGGGUUUAAAAACAAGUUGUCUUCCAAUGUUAACGACCUUCAAGUUCGGCUACAAGAGCUUGAGGAUCGUCUUGGAAAACUCUCUAAAGAAAGUAAUGACCAAGAAGACUUGAGUCUUCUCCAAGCUAUGAAAGAGGAGAGAGAUAGCAUCACACGAUGCCUCGAAAUAUGUACAGAUGCAUCCGACCUUACAGCAACAGUCCGUACGAAUGUCUAUGAGGAUGUGACAUCUGCCGACAACGCUCAUCAAUUGGUCGUUUCAACAAUAGGUGACCUUAUAUCGGCAAGGCACAUCAUGACUGGUUCCAACUCAGUCCAGUGGCUAGGACAAAUGUCCGAUGAAACGAUCCAAAAGCUUUCCGACGACAACAAACGCAUUCUUCCUGUAAAUCAGACCAGCACAUCGCAAGCGCAAAAGAGUGUAUUUAAUGACCUAUAUGGAGCGGGAUACCAGCUGAAAGGUGAAGUGAAAAUGGCGAGUGACAAGGUCGGAAAAUGA